AAUCCGUAGCUUUAUACGUGGUGAACAGAAGGUGCUAACAUUUCUAUCGCCCUUUAAGGUUUACAAAGUGUUUCUCAUACACAGCAGGGUAGGCAAGUCUCCCUUGCCGAUCCGUCCAUCUCGCGGAACGCCCGGGGCUUUGGAGGCUUUCUGUCGUUGCAGCUUGGGUCCUUCUGGCCAGAGGAGCUAUGGUCGGUCAGGAGCUACCCAGGGCAAGAUACCCAGAGAGCCGAUCAUUGCCUCCUUCCCGGGGGCCGCCGGCGGCUCUCCAGAGAUGCCGGGGAAGAGGAGGGAUGGAACACCUUUUGUUAGGACUCAGCAGGAAUCAAGGGGCUCCCAGCUGACCUGGGGUGGAGAGGUGGCUGGGAGGGGUCGAGGGGGCGGGCAGCUUUGUGGAGCGUCACUGGAGCUUCAGAGGAGUGCGCGUGGUGGGUCCGGCCAUUGUGGGAAGCCCGCCAGGCCUGGGAGGCUCGGACUGUGCCGCGCCUUCUGGUUACCAUGGCAGCGGCCCCCUCCCGCUCACGGCAGGAGACGGGUGGGGCGGUCAAGGGGGCAGUCAGUCUUCUAGUCAGUCUUCGGGGGUCCACACAAGCCCCAACCCUCGCUCCCCAACCCGUCUCCCUCCCAGCCCGCUCGCCUUCCCGCCCGGUUGGCGGAGGGAGGGGAGAAGGGAAGGGGGGUAGUCGUCACAUCCGGACGGAGUGGGUGAGUUCCGGUAUUUCAGGGCGGAGCAGGCGGAAGUAGGGCUGAGAAGCGGCAGCAUCGCCGAGCGGAGGAGGCAGCAGCCGGAGCAGGAGCCGGAACGGGGAGGGCACCAUGGCUGGUAUCACCACCAUCGAGGCGGUGAAGCGCAAGAUUCAGGUUCUGCAGCAGCAGGCCGAUGACGCCGAGGAGAGGGCCGAGCGUCUCCAGAGGGAGGUGGAGGGGGAGAAGCGGGCACGGGAACAGGCUGAGGCUGAGGUGGCUUCCUUGAACCGUCGGAUCCAGCUGGUUGAAGAGGAGCUGGACCGUGCUCAGGAGCGCCUGGCGACUGCUCUGCAGAAGCUAGAGGAGGCAGAGAAGGCAGCUGAUGAGAGUGAGAGAGGUAUGAAGGUCAUUGAAAAUCGGGCCUUGAAGGAUGAAGAGAAAAUGGAACUGCAAGAAAUCCAACUGAAAGAGGCCAAACACAUUGCAGAAGAAGCAGACAGGAAGUACGAGGAGGUGGCCCGCAAGUUGGUGAUUAUUGAGGGGGACUUGGAGCGCACAGAGGAGCGGGCCGAGCUGGCUGAGUCUAAGUGUUCUGAGCUGGAGGAGGAGCUGAAGAAUGUCACCAACAACCUCAAAUCUCUUGAGGCUCAGGCGGAGAAGUAUUCUCAGAAAGAAGACAAAUAUGAGGAGGAGAUAAAGAUUCUUACUGAUAAACUCAAAGAGGCAGAGACCCGUGCUGAGUUUGCUGAGAGAUCGGUAGCCAAGUUGGAAAAGACAAUUGAUGACUUGGAAGAUAAACUGAAAUGCACCAAAGAGGAGCACCUCUGCACACAAAGGAUGCUGGACCAGACUCUGCUUGACCUGAAUGAGAUGUAGAAACUCCUUUCCCCCCAGCCCCACCCUGUCGCUGCUCCUUCCACUGACUCUGACUUCGCUGGAGGCCAGCCUGCCUGAAGCUGACCUUUAACCUGAAGGCUGCUUCCUUCUCUGGGUCCUUGCUUACCCUGUCCCCACCCCACCCCUACCUCCAACUCCCCAUGUCAAUUUCACCAAACUGUCUGCAGCUCUCCCCUAAAAGAUCCCACAUGGACUAAGGGCUGAGCAUUUUUGGGAACAACAUUUAAGGGAACAUGAGCACAAUGCAAUAGUGUCUUUAAAAAGCAUGUUGUAUGAUGUAUACAUUUUGUAAUUACCUUUUUUGUUGUAGCAGCCAUUUGUAAGACAUUCCAGAUAAUUCCCCAGCUCCCCUUAGGCUGCAUCUAAUCACUUUUCUUCCUUUUGGAUGGUAAAUCUUUCUACCUAAACAAUGCCCCUUCUCCAUAGAAGAAGAAAAAAGGUGGUAGUGUGCCCUACUGAGAGCUGAACAUAGCCCAAGAAAAGACUCCACCAAGGGAAACCUCAGUGCUCUGUACCAUGAACCAGCCAAACCAGAAAGGUCAUUCCAGGAGGAGUUUGCCAAAAAAGAGUGCUGUUCAGGUUUUCAUCUUUAAGGUAUUCUUGGGUUAGUUUUUUAUCUUUUCCUUUUUUAUCUCUCUUAAACAUUUACAUCAGUAGCAAACAAGCAAAUCACACAGACAAGACCUCUCUGAGACCAAAUUGUCUUCCCUCUCCUCAUUCACUCGCAGAAUGGAUCAUGUGCCCCAGAAGUUGGGGUGUCUACUCCUAUCCCCACUUCACCUUCUUUGAAAAAUAACGUUUUUGUGCCACUGAUUAGCCAAGUGAAAUUCAUCUCAUUACCCGUUCCUGGGUCCGAAGCUGCUGCCUCUAAAAGUGCCAUCUCAUUGUGCUUUGUAUCACUCAGUGCUGGAGAAAUCUUGAAUAGCUUGUGUACAAAACUUUUUAAAAAUUUUAUAUGUAUUAUUUUUGACGAUGCUUUAUUUCUCUCAGGUGGGAGCACCAGGACCAUCCGCACCCCACCUCCACCCCCAUCUGGCUGUGAGUGCUCUCUCUCUGUCUGCAGUCCAUGGGCUGCCAGUGUGCUGAUCUUUUUUAAUUCCUUUUUUUCUUUCUUUUUUUUUUGGCAAGGUUUCUGUGAGGUCUGUGUUAGGUUUGCAUCGUGCAGCUUAUUGGCUUAAAUGUACUCUCCUUUGGUGUGGUCUAUUUGGGAGCCAAUCUGGAGAAAGAGGAACCAAUAGUGCAAGUGUUUUGAUACUGAAAAUUGACAAAAUGUCUUUUGAAAUAAAGAACCAGUCCCUCCACCCCCAGAA